AUGCAUUUAUCCUACAUCUAUAUCCUUUCAAUAUUUGGCAUCAUCCCCAGCCAUGCAGUCCUUCAUCAAUCCAGUCAAUCCAGUCAGGAUACCCUCCGUUUUGGCCCCCCCGAAUCCGUUGGCCUCCUAUCAGCCCCCCUCCGCCAACUGGAAACAAACGUCACCGGCUAUCAACAACCAGCAAACUAUGGAAGAUUCACCCACAAUGAGAUACACCCCAUCCAGCCAUCGUCUGCGGUGAUCGUGGCUCAUGAUCGCACAAUUGUCUCACUUUUCGCCAGUGGAAAGAUGUCGCUGUAUGCCGACGCCAAUGGUACCGCAUUGCCUCCGCAGCAGCAACUGCCUGCGCGGACAGACACCAUCUAUGAUAUGGCCAGUCUGACCAAACUGUUUACGACCGUUGCAGCCCUGCGAGAGAUUGAUGCUGGUAGACUCUCCUUGAACAGCACAGUGGCCUCCUACAUGCCAUCGUUCGCAGCACUUGGGAAAGAAAACAUCACCACAUUGAUGCUUCUGACGCAUACUUCUGGCUUUGCUCCAGAUCCAGAACCUCCGUUGUAUUCUCCAGUGUAUAAGACGGUCGAAGAGAGGACUGCCUCGAUUCUGAACCAGACUCUGCUCAAUGCGCCCGGCUCCACGUAUCUCUAUUCGGACCUCAACUUCAUGUCUCUGGCUCUACUUCUGGAGCAUAUCACCAGCAAAAGACUGGAUGAAUUGAUUCAGGAGUUCACCAAUCCCCUCGGCAUGCAUGACACCUUCUUCAACCGGGGAAACAUUGAAGGCCCAGCAUUCCCCUUCUACCCGCGCAUGGCGGCCGAGGAAUUCCAGAUCCAGGUCCUGGGGUCCUUGGAGCCACAGCGUCCACAACCGGUCCGUGGGACCGUCCAUGACGAGAAUGCCUGGGCUCUGGAUGGAGUGUCUGGACACGCAGGGCUAUUCUCGACGGUUGAGGACACGGCAGUUCUGUGUCAGAUGAUUCUCAACAACGGUACGUACGCCGGUCACCGGGUACUGUCACCAGAGGCUGUGGAUCUCGUCUUUCACAAUUUCAACGAGAGAUUCCCCGGAAAUGAGCAUGGGCUGGGAUUCGAGCUGAAUCAGUACUAUACGGCGGGACCUAUGGCUAGUCUUCAGACUGCCAGCCAUACCGGCUUCACAGGGACCACGCUGGUGAUCGACAGGCCGUCAAGCACGUUCUUCCUUCUUUUUGCCAAUCGCGUCCACCCCAGUCGAAACUGGUCCUCGAAUAAUAUCGUCCGGGAAGCUGUGGGCUACUGGGUGGCCAAGUCCCUGGGAAGAGACGUCACCUUUCCUUCCCUUGAAUGA